UGAUUGUGGGCAUUGCUGCUUCGAAAAGUUUGGUGACACUCUUGCUUUGUCGUACAUAGAUGGCACGUCGUAUUGCUCUGGGCAGCAAUACUCACUACUACAGUCCUUUGUUGCCUUACCACAGUACUCCUGUUCUUACAAUGUGUCCAGGGUCGAUGGCCCCAAGCAAAGAAUUUCUGAUUGACAGAGAACAAUCGACAAUGUCUGACGGAUGUCCUCUACAGAGUUCUAAUUACAGAACAGUCCCGUCCAGACUCAACUUCUGCAAUUCUAGUCCAGUUGGUACCUUGACGGUGGCAUUGUCUAUACUUUUCGUCCUUGAAAGUGAAGCCUUCAAACGUGUACUCCCACUGGCUAUUCUUGCAUCCUUUGUUCAGCAUAACAUCAACAAGCGGUGGGCAACCAGUCCAGAAGCUCGGUCCCCCAAAACAUCUGAAUGUAAACUGCACAGGGUCACUGCUAGGAGAUUCAGAGCUAUCUGGCAGGGUUUGUGUAGGAGGGUUCAGGUUCAGAAGGAAUAUAGGCCAAAGAUUUUGAAUCUGCGUAAUUGGACCAUCAAUCCCUCGGAUGUCCUGCAAGCACAAAGUUCUAAUCUUUUUCUCUGGAUCUCUCCAGUAACAAUACUUUGUUUGUAUCCCUUGCUCCCUACUAGAGAACAAGUAACAAAAGUCCUGUCCCAGAACCUCAGGCACAUCUAGCCUGCUUACGGCAAGGGUGAGCUGCUCAAGCUGAUACUUAGACUGAUGUUCUUCCAAGCCAUAGGAACUCCCCCUGUCACGGUAUCCUCUCCAGAUCCCCUGACAAUAUCCGGAUCCGCUCCGUACUGCCCCUGACCGUACGCACCAAAUCCCCAGCGUCCUUACGUGCCUCCGAAGCGGACGUACAACCUCCGGUCACCUCCGGAGCGGGCCUGCAACCUCCGAAGCGGGAGUAUUAGAAUUCUGCAAGCCCCGCUCUGGGACUUGCAACCCCGAUACACGUAAGUAUAUAGACUAUUGCUGGUAGAGUUCUGUUCGGUACACAACGUCUUGUACCUACUUAGAUACCGUACGUAGUAAUUGAUUUAGACUCCUAGCGAGUCC